CUACAUUUCUUUGGUGAAAAUAACCCAAAUCAGUAUUUAAUAUUUAGUCUGUAGGAAAGUUAUAGAGUUCACAAACUAUGGGAUAUAUCUGAAUAUUGAUCAGUCCUGAAGUACUGACAGCCAGUGUAAUUUCUUGAGGCCCAAAAAUGUCAGAACAGUACAGAUAUCCCCCAAAUGACCACUUUUUGCAAAGUAGACAGUCUGACGUAUUUCAUAAGAGGCUUGGCAAGUUUUUUGAAGUUGUACUUUGUCAUACUUCUUCGGAAAAUUAAUAAAUUUUUUUUUUACAUACUGUCACCA